AUGCACACUGGAAAACUGCUGAGAGCAGCUGCGCUGGUAGAAAUUGCCCGGAGAGCCCACAAGAACAAGUCGCUGACGCCGGCUGCAAUUGUGGCCGCGGUUGUCACCGGAAUCAUCCACGCGGUCCACCCCUGGUCCGUGUGCAUGGUGCUCUUGUUUGCUUUCUACCUGCCCUCGUCCAAGUUCACCAAGAUGAAGGCCGACUUCAAGAGCACGCUCACGGAGACCCGUGGCGACCACAUUGUCACUGAGAUCCAGGCCGCCAAGGAUGAGCGGUUCGAAAAGUCAGACCCCAGAUCACGAAUCAAGACCAAGCGAAAGGUGACCAACGCUAAGGAGAAGGUCCACGAGACCCGAACCGUCGCCCAGGUACUAUGCAACUCUGUGUUCGCCUCCAUUCUACUCAUUCUGCACUACUACUUCAAAAUUUACAAGUCCCCAGACGGCAGACAGUCCAAGUGGGACAAAUCGGACUGGCUCAUGGUCGGAUUCAUUGCUCAUUACGCCGUGGUUACUGCAGACACCUUUUCGUCAGAGCUUGGAAUUCUCUCCAAGUACCCUCCCAUUCUUAUUACCACCUUCCAACCGUGUCCCAAGGGCACCAAUGGAGGUAUCUCCCCCCUGGGAUGCAUGGUGGCUCUUGCUGGCGGUCUCUACAUUGGCAUUGUGACCGUGUUGGUGGUUCCCCUAGGAAAGUCGUGGAAGAUCGCCGACGCCCUGUUGUUCAUCUUGUUCAUGGGCUCUGUAGGCCUCUGCGGAUCACUGCUGGACUCCUUGCUAGGAGCUCUCUUCCAGAAGUCAGUAGUCAACGAGGGAGGAAAGAUUGUGGAGAUGAGCGGAGGACGAAAAGUGGAGCAGGCAGCUGAUCUAAAGUCUGUUGCAGGAGCUGAUAUCCUCAGCAACAAUGGCGUCAAUCUUACCAUGGCCAUCACAGCUAGUUGUGUGACAAUGGCUCUGUGGAAGAUGAAAUUCCCCUGA